AUGGUCGACAAGAUCAAUUCUAAUUCUAACUCAUCAUUUAAAGCCCAUUUAUAUCCAAAAUUUGCAAAAAUGACUAUUAAAGAUGCAAAAAGAUUUUUAACACCAGUUCGUUCACCACCAAAGAAACAAGGCUCAGCCAUCCCUGUUGGAGCUGAUGAAACAAGAUACAAAGGAAAUAAGAAUUUCAUAUUUGCAGGAAUCUGGCAACAGGAUCUUAGUACAACCGACGAAAAGACAUAUAAUGUUCCAAUUUAUGAUGUUACCAAUCUCUGCUCCUCCUGGGCCCCUUCAGUUACCUCAGCUAUGUCAGUUUCUGUUGGACGCUGGGCCAACAGGUUUAUGAACUUCUCUCUUCAGUUUGUACUUGAUUGCGACAUACUCGGAGAUGCUUGCAUUGAGAGAUCAGCCUUAAAUGCUUAUUCAUUGUUCUGGAAGACAAAGAUUCCAGAAGCUUCAAGAUGGGAUGAUCCAAAUUCGAAUACAAGCCCAAGAAAAUCCAACCUCCAGGCUCCUGUUUCUUCCCUUACAAGCGAAAUUUGCUUAAAUCCAACAGGAUGCUACCCAGGAACUACUGGUUGCAGCCGUUCAUACGCUCUUACAGGCAGCUGUGAUCCAUCAGAUGACGAAAACAAGUGCCCAAUCUACUUCCUUUACAAUUGGAGGUGGAUCAAGUCACAUUUGUUCGAAGUUGGCCCAGUUACAUCAUCAGUAUUAGUUCAGUCCCAGUUCUUCUCGUAUGAUGGUGGCGUUUACUCAUCAGCUGAUGCUACCGGAGAAAUUUUGGGUAUGUUGGACGUAACAAUCUACGGCUGGGGCCAGGAAGAUACAUCAGUCGAUCCAACAGCCACAAAGAAGAGAUGGUGGUGGAUUUCACCACAUCUUGGCUGCGAUUUUGGUAUCGCAUACGACGAUAUCUCAAGUUCCGACUCUGCUUACACCAUCUCUAAUGUUGCAGCUAGACACGUCAAUGGCGGAACUAACUGCGCUAAGGGAUUCAUGAAAUUCAACCGCCGUUUCGAUGACUCUCUUAUAGAGAGCUUCGCUAUUGGCCCAACACCAUACAACUUCAUUCCAGGAGAAUGGCUAGUUCAACAACAGGCACAGUAA